AUGGGGCCUUUCGGUAGGGAUAAGGAGGCUGACGGCCGAGCUCUAUAUGUAGAAAAGUCAGUCACCAAUCGACUUAUACUUUGCAAAGAAAUUGGCCAGACUAACUGUGAACUCAGGGAUGCUCUCCCCUUUUCUUGGGAAUGUCCUUGGUGGAGGUCUGUUUUGUGGUCCAUUCUCUCUUGUGGAUGUUCCUUCUUGACGAGAGAUGCGCCAGGAGCAGGAGUAGAAGACCACAAAUCAUCACAAAGUCUGGCUCGGGUGAUCUGA